GCCUUUCUGUGACGUAAGAUCCGCUCCAGCCUCAGAUCACCGCACUGCUGGCUUCCGCUCUCUCUUUUUCUUCCCCGCCGCCAUCAUGGGUCGCAUGCACGCUCCCGGAAAGGGCCUGUCCCAGUCUGCUCUGCCCUACAGACGCAGUGUGCCAACAUGGCUAAAACUAACUUCUGAUGACGUGAAGGAGCAGAUCUUCAAGCUAGCCAAGAAGGGUCUUACACCUUCUCAGAUUGGUGUAAUUCUUAGGGAUUCCCACGGUGUUGCACAGGUUCGCUUUGUCACUGGCAACAAGAUUCUGAGAAUCCUGAAAUCCAAGGGGCUUGCUCCAGACCUCCCUGAGGAUCUGUAUCACUUGAUCAAGAAAGCUGUUGCUGUGCGCAAGCAUCUUGAGAGAAAUAGGAAGGAUAAGGAUGCAAAAUUCCGUCUGAUUCUUAUUGAAAGCAGAAUCCACAGAUUGGCUCGUUACUACAAGACCAGGAGAGUUUUGCCACCCAACUGGAAAUACGAGUCAUCCACAGCUUCUGCUCUGGUCGCAUAAACACCAUUGCAAUAAAAAGAAUAAAAUUUCACUUUA